UGCAGGGUAUAUGAAAUGCAACAAAAUAACAUUACUUAUUUCGCAAUAGGCGCGUCGUCGAUAAGUGGCCUCAGGUCUACAACAUACGUUUUAUAUGAGAGCCGAUGCCGGGUUAGCAACUCAGUCGUCUGUGAAUCGCGGCGUGAGACGGUCGGCCGAAAAUCGGGAAAUACGCAAAGUGUCCAGUGUGAACUGAAAAUGCAACCGAAGAUCGCCUUAAAACUCUUGCUGCUGGGCCUUGUGGCGCUUCAGAACCUGGAGUUUGGCGCUGGAUCCCGCAUACUGGCUCCCUUCUUCUUUCCCGGCAAGAGUCACUUCAUGAUGACAAACGCCAUUAUCAGAGAGCUGGUGCAGCGCGGACACGAAGUGACCUUUGUCACGCCAUUCUCAUUGGCCAAGGAGAACUUGGGUUCGAAUUAUACGGAGAUUCUCAUUCCACAAUACGACAUCUGGGGCUCAGUUAUGGGAAUGACCAAAGCCAAGUCAGCGCUGGACAUGAGAGAUUUGGACACGGUGACAUUCAUCAGGGUAGCCUAUGUCAUGGGCUUGGGUAGCACGGACUUUGCGUUCGAGCAGAAGGAAGUGCUGAAUUUGAUCAAUGCCAAGAACAAGGUGGGCAAAUAUGACUUGCUUCUGGCCGAGCAGUUCUUUAACGAGGGAGCCCUCUUCCUGGGUCAUCUGUAUGAAAUACCAAUUGUUACCAUUUCAACCUUUGGCUUCUCCAACUACUUGACUUCCUUGACGGGAGUUAUAAAUCCCUGGUCAUAUGUAGCUCACGGCUGGAAGCCCUACACAGAUCGCAUGACUCUUUGGGAACGAAUUGACAGCGUUUACGGGUCGCUUGUAGAGGAAACGAUGCGCACCUUUUGGUACUAUCCGGCACAAAAUCAGAUUUUGCAGAAACACUUCUCCAAGCAGUUCAAGGAGUUGCCAACCAUUAAGCAACUGGAGCGCAACAUCUCAGUUUUCCUUCUGAAUAGCUAUAUGCCUUUGGAGCCGCCCAAGCCCGUUUCCUUCAAUAUGAUUCCUGUGGGAGGACUUCAUAUUAAGUCACCGAAGCCACUGCCCACAAACAUGCAGAAGUUUUUGGAUGACGCUAAACAUGGAGCCAUCUAUUUUAGUCUGGGUUCUCAAGUGCGCAGUGCAGACUUUCCGCCUGAGAAGAUCAAGAUGUUCCUCGGUGUGUUUGGAAGCCUAAAGCAGCGCGUCCUGUGGAAGUUCGAGGACGACAAGUUACCCAAUCUGCCGGCUAAUGUGAUGGUCCAGAAGUGGAUGCCCCAAAAUGAUAUACUCGCCCAUCCCAAUGUCAGGGUUUUCAUUUCCCACUGUGGUCUUUUCGGCACUCAAGAGGCGGUGCAUUACGGGGUUCCCGUGCUCGGCAUGCCCGUCUAUGCCGACCAGCACUUGAAUAUUAAGAAGGGCAAAGCCGCUGGUUAUGCCCUUGAAGUCAACUAUCUCACAGUUACUAAGGAGGAGCUGCAGUCUUCUCUUACAGCAUUGCUGGAGAAUCCCAAGUACGGGGUUAACAUGAAGCGUGCCUCACGCAUCUUCCGCGAUCGACCCCUAAGUGCGAUGGAUACGGCCAUGUUCUGGAUCGAUUAUGUCAUGGAUCACCGUGGAGCACCGCAUAUGGUAUCUGCGGGUCUGGACCUGGCCUGGUAUCAAUUUUAUCUGCUGGACAUCCUUGGCAUUGCCUUGGCAAUAGUUGUGUUGCCCAUUUUGGGUCUGCUCUACGUUUGUCGCAAUUUCAACUCUGCGAAGAAGCCUAAAACAAAGUCUAAGCAAAACCAACCGAAAAUUGCCUUAAAACUCCUGCUGCUGGGCCUUGUGGCGCUGCAGCAUUUGGAGAUUGGCGCUGGAUACCGCAUACUGGCUCCUAUCUUCUUUCUCGGCGAGAGUCACUUCAUGAUGAUAAACGCGAUUAUCAAAGAGCUGGUGCAGCGCGGACACGAGGUGACCUUCGUCACGCCGUUCUCAUUGGCCAAGGAGAACUUGGGUUCGAAUUAUACGGAGGUCCUAAUUCCACAAUACAACAUAUGGAGCGCAGGCAAGUCUACUGGCGUAAACAGGAGCUUAAACAGCUUUUGUCUGUCACUUGCAGUUAUGGAUAUGAACAAAGCCAAGGCAGCGGUGGACAUGAGAGAUUUGGACACGGUUACAUUCCUCAGGAUGGCCCAUGUCAUCGGUUUGGGUAGCACGAACUUUGCGUUCGAGCAGAAGGAAGUGCUGAAUUUAAUCGAUGCCAAGGACAAAUUGGGCAAAUAUGAUUUGCUUCUGACGGAGCAGUUCUUUAAUGAGGGCGCCCUCUUUCUGGGUUAUCUGUAUCAAAUACCUAUUGUUACCAUAACAUCCUUUGGUUUCUCCAACUAUUUCUCUUCCUUGACGGGCAUUAUAAAUCCCUGGUCGUAUGUGGCUCACGGUUGGAAGCCCUACACAGAUCGCAUGUCCUUUUUCGAACGAGUUGACAACGUUUACAGCUCGCUUGUAGAGGACGCGUUGCGCACCUUUUGGUACUAUCCGGCACUUAAUGAUAUUUUGCAGAAACACUUCUCCAAUCAGUUCAAGGAGCUGCCAACCAUUAAGCAACUGGAGCGUAACAUCUCAGCCAUCCUUCUGAACACCUAUUUGCCUUUGGAGCCGCCUAGGCCCGUUUCAUUCAAUAUGGUUCCAGUGGGUGGCCUUCAUAUUAGGUCGGCGAAACCCUUGCCCACGAACAUACAAAAGUUUUUGGAUCAGGCUAGCCAUGGAGCAAUCUAUGUUAGUCUAGGUUGCCAAGUGUCCAGCGCAGCAUUUCCGCCCGAAAAACUCAGGAUAUUCCUCGGUGUGUUUGGAAGCCUGAAGCAACGCGUCCUGUGGCAAUUCGAAUAUGACAAGUUACCCAACCUGCCAGCUAAUGUGAUGGUUCAAAAGUGGAUGCCCCAAACCGAUAUACUUGCUCAUCCUAAUAUGAAGAUUUUCAUCUUCCACGGUGGGCUUUUCGGUUUUCAGGAGGCGGUACAUUACGGUGUUCCCGUGCUCGGCAUGCCCGCCUUUCCCGACCAGCAUUUGAAUGUUAAGAAGGGCGUAGCUGCUGGUUAUGCCCUUAAAGUCGCCUAUUUCACAGUUACUAAGGAGGAGCUGCAGUCUUCCCUUACAGAACUGCUGGAGAAUCCCAAGUACAGGGAUAACAUGAAGCGUGCCUCACGCAUCUUCCGCGAUCGACCACUAAGUGCGAUGGAUACGGCCAUGUUCUGGAUCGAUUAUGUCAUUGAUCACCGUGGAGCACCGCAUAUGGUAUCUGCGGGUCUGGACAUGGCCUGGUAUCAGUUUUAUCUGCUGGACAUCCUUGGCAUUGCCUUGGCAAUUGUUGUGUUGCCCAUUUUGGGUCUGCUCGUCGUUUGUCGCAAUUUCAACUCCGCGAAGAAGCCUAAAAUAAAGGCUAAGCUAAACUAACAAAGUCCUCAUUUAUGUCGAUAACUCAUAUUGAUAAGCAAAAUUGUAUUAAUUAGUUUGAAUGCAUCUUUAAAAUGUUUCUCAUAGUGAAAA